GGCUCGGCGGCGGCGCCCUGAGUGCGCGUGCGCAUGCUGGUUCGGCUCGGCUCGGCAGGUGAGGCCUCCUCGGGCCAGGCCCGGUCCCGAACCGAUCGCAUCCCGACCCACAACAGCGAUGGCAGAGGGGGAAACCACGGUGUUCAGUCCGCCCUCCGAGACCUCGGAGAGCAGCGAGGAAGAGUCUUGGGAGAGCGGCGGCGAAUCGUCGGAAUGCGCCGAGGGAGGAGGAGAAGGAGUAGUAGUAGCUGCCGCCACUGGGCUGCCCCCGCCGCCGGUGGGCCAGAACAAGCCGGUGUCAGUGAACCAGGCCACCCGGGACUGGGUGUGCGGCCGCCUGCAGGACAGCAAGAGCCUUGACGGCAUAAGCCAGGUGUUGGGCGGCCUCCGAGCCCGCGACAUCAAGGUGGAAGGGCGGAGGGCGACCAUUUCGAGCGCGCUGGAGCUGGAGGGCACGGUCAGCCACGACGGCGAUCUCACACAUUAUGUGGCCAACAACCUGCAGCACAAGAUCAAGAUGAGUUCGAGGCAGAACUUGGACCUGGAGACUGGGAGCAGUGUGGAAACCAAAAGUAUGCAGAGGUUAAAAUCGGACAUUCCUCCAAUAGACCCUGGGGUACUGCAAGAUUUGGAGCGAGAUGCAAAAGAGGUGGCACAAAAAGUUGAUCAAAUGAUGAGAAGCUUAAAUGCCACUAUCCAGAAUAUGACGGCACUAAGUGUGGGCUACAUUCAGACUUAUCGGGAUUCAGUUGACAGUCUUGGAGAGUCGGUAGAUAUGAGUAUAAAGGGCAUGUAUACACUAAUGGCCCGCUGUGAAGAGCUGGACAGAUCAAUGCAGCCCAUUCUUGUGCUAUCUAAACAGAUUCGUGAUGUCAAAAGAACUCUGGAAAUGUUUGAAACACUCUGCAAGUAAAGAUCUUUGCUAAUAUAGUUUAAUUGUUGAACUUCUUAAAAUACUUAAGCUGGUUUGGACAAUGUCAUGAACUGCCGCUCCAGCAGAACAAUCCAGUGUCGAAAGCGAGAAGACAGAAACUGCAUUGAAGAGUGUGGCAUUUGAAAUCCCACAAAGAGGUGCUGGUAAACCUUCAUAUCCUUCAAAGGCGAUUGUCAAGCUGCUAAACAAAACUUCAUGCAUUUCGCUUAAAAAGAUUAUUCGCAAGUCCUUGAGGAUAUUUGCAUGCAGGCAGUAAUUCAUUGCCUCUCAUUCAGUCUUCAAAUUGAAGCUGUUUGUUUAUGGACAAACAUGGAUUGACCCAAUCACCUUUUUAGGUGGGGAGAGCAUGUUUUAGAGAACAGCCCUUAAUUAACAGUGCAAAUGCUUAGCAUUGUAAAUUUGCCUGUCUACUGAAUGAGAAGCACAAUUUUUUUUGGGGGGGGGGGGGGAGAGAAUUGGAUUAUUUAUCAUAAAAUGCACUUGCAAUGAAAUUGUAAGGAAAACGACAGGAGUACGUAAUAACUGAGAACAAUUGACAAGGACUUGUAUGGAACUAUUUCAGCUUUGCCAUAUUACUGCCUUGAAAUAGUCUGAAUUUCCAAAAACCAUUUGAAUAUGUUAAUUGGGGCACAACUAUGAUCAAUCAUGUUUGAUUUAACUUGACAUGAUUCAUAUUUGUUUUGUAACUGCCCUUUUGAGUAACUGAAAUAAGGCAGUAACUCCAUCUUGGAUUUGAUUCUAAAACCUUGAUACCUUAUUUGACAAACAAGUUUGGGUACAUAUGGGGUUCUAGUAACCUUCUAGCUUUUUUUGUAUCUGGUAAUUAAUUUAACUACUGUAAUAUUCAUUGCUAAUUGCAAAAUCAGUGAAAAGGUCUCGAGUGUAAAAUAAGGAUGGUGCUAUACAUAAAAAUGUCAUAAUAAUUCAGUAAUAGCAUGUUUCCUGAGUCACAAGAUAGUACAUUCAAACCCUGCCUCAAGCUAAUAGCAUGUACUUUAGAAUGACUUCAGUGCCAAACUGAGGAAACAUUGCAGAGACAGAAAUGCCAUCCUUUAGUGAGAUGGCAGCUCAGACAUCACUUCCAUAGGGUGGGUAAAAGAUGAAGUGACACUUCAAAGAAGAACUCUUCCUUCAAUCACAACCAGAUCAUUGACCUAAUUAGCAACUGCAUUAGGCCCUGGUAAAAAUGAUUUGCUUUAAAUCAUCUUCGUUUGGGAUAUUUCCUGGGGUGCUCGGGUUUCCCUCUGCAUCCGAAAGAUGUGCUGGUUGAUAGAUUAAUUACCCACUGGAAAAUACCCAGACACAGACAUAUUAUAGAAGAAUCAAAGGGGUGAGAGCUGUCAGACAGGUUUAAGACAGUGCAGGGAAAAAAGUGAGGGAAUAGAGAGACAGAGAUUGCCGAUGCUGGAAAUUUGAGCAAAAAAAUGAAGUGUUGGAGAAACUUUGCGGGUCAGGCAGCAUCUGUGAAAUGCACAGACAAUGUUUCGAGGUCGGGAACCGUCAGACAGAAUUAAUCUGCCAGCCAACCGAAUUAUGUAUGUCAUAUGAAAAAAUAAAAGAUGGAAAGUGGAUCGUGCCAUUAUAAUCUGUAGUUGGCACCUGGAGCUGUUCAAUCAUCUGAGGGGAAGGAAAACGAAGGCAAUCCUGCCUGGAAGUGCUUGUGUUAUUAACACUGCAUUGGCUGCUCCCACCUGUUGGGAGUUUUUAUGUAGGAUCUUGUGUUAAUUUUCUUUUGGACAUAGGCUGAUGUUGCCAGUCAAGUGGAUUUGUCUGGAAUGGGUGCACAAUCCUGUGAAGGUCUGUAUCUGCUCUGCAUUCAUGUGAAGCAAAACCAAUUUUAGUGUUUUAUCGAAUAUUUAGAAAUUUGCUUGUUUUAAGAUGGUUCCAGGAAACAAGCAGUGAAAGAUAAUUUUUGCCGAAACAAUCUUCAAAGAUGAAGAUUAUGAUUUGAAUAAAAUUAACCAAAACAUGU